AUGUAUUCCAUUAUUUUGAAGAAUGAACAAGCCCAUGAUGACAGUAUCUGGAGUUGUGCUUGGGGCCGAAAUGAAAAUGAUGGUGUUGAAAGCAUUGUAACUGGAAGUGUUGAUGAUGUUGUGAAAAUCUGGAAAUGGGAAGACAACACUCUCAAGCCACGGCACAUUCUCGAGGGGCAUCAGUUGGGCAUUGUUUCCAUUGACAUUAACACAUCAGGCACUUUGGCUGCCACAAGUAGCCUGGGCAGCCAGAUCCGAGUCUGGGAUUUGGAUACAGGGAAACUGGCCAAAGGAAUUGAUGCCAAUCCAGCUGAUGCAUGGACCAUUGCAUUCUCCCCAGACUCUCGUUAUUUAGCAACGGGAAGUCAUACAGGCAAAAUAAAUUUAUUUGGAGUCGAUUCUGGGCAAAAAGAAAGUUCCAUGGAUACAAGCAAAAAAUUUGUCCUGAGUUUGGCUUAUGUAUGUUCACUUUCUGACUACUUUUUGUGCUGUGUAUCUGCUUUCUUUUUUUCUCUCUCUCUACUUUCUUUUCUCUAUCUCCCCCUCUCUACACUUUCUUCUCAUUCUCUCUCUCUCUCUCUCUGUGUACUUUCUUCUCUCUCUCUGUGUACUUUCUCCUCUCUCUCUCUACUUUCUCCUCUCUCUCUCUCUCUCUCUACUUUCUCCUCUCUCUCUACUUUCUCCUCUCUCUCUCUCUCUACUUUCUCCUCUCUCUCUCUGUACUUUCUCCUCUCUCUCUGCUUUCUCCUCUCUCUCUCUCUCUACUUUCUCCUCUCUCUCUCUACUUUCUCCUCUCUCUCUCUACUUUCUCCUCUCUCUCUCUACUUUCUUCUCUCACUCUCUCUCUUUACUUUCUUCUCUGUCUCUCUCUAUAUAUAUACUUCUCUCUCUCUUUCUCUUUACUUUCUUCUCUCUCUCUCUCUCUUUACUUUCUUCUCUCUCUCUCUCUCUCUUUACUUUCUUCUCUCUCUACUUCUCUCUCUAUAUAUACUUUCCCUAUACCCUUUCUUUCUCUCCUUUCUCUCUCUAUCUCUUUUUUCACUCUUUUCUAUGAAUGCUUGCAUCCUUGUUUUCCAGAGUCCUGAUGGCAAAUACAUUGCAUGUGGAACUAUUGAUGGAAUUGUGAGCAUCUUUGAUACAACAACUGGACACUUAUUACAUGCUUUGGAAGGUCAUGCUAUGCCAAUUCGGUCUUUAUGUUUCUCACCUGAUUCUCAGUUGCUUGUCACUGGUUCUGAUGACAGUCACAUAAAAAUUUAUGAUGUCCAACAUGCAAAUCUUGUGGGUACAUUGUCCGGACAUGGUUCUUGGGUCUUAACUGUUGAUUUCAAUCCUGACAACGUUCAUUUUGUCUCUGGUUCAUCUGACCGCAAAGUGAAGAUUUGGGAUGCUACUAGCCGUCAGUGCGUACAUACAUUUGGAGAACAUUCUGAUCAGGUUUGGUGUGCUAAAUACAAUCCUGAAGGUAACAAGAUUGUGUCUGUAUCAGAUGAUAAAUCUGUGUAUAUCUAUGACUGCCCUUUAUAA